AUACCCUUGGUAGAGGUCAUUAGCUAUAUGUUAAAACUUAGCUGACUCUGGGACCAAAGUAUCAGUACAAUCGACAGUACAGAAUCUACAAGUCUUGCAGUGAAAGUUGACAAGAUUGGACUGUGGCCAUGCUGCAAGUAGUGUGGGUGGCAGGAGCAGCUCUAUUCCUGUUGGCAGCGGCAACCGUGGGCACUCCAGCAGGAAAAGUUCUUCAUUCUAAGUUGCCCAGUGGAGAAGUGCAAGGCUAUGAAGAUAAACCUGCAGCAGGACGUCUCAUGUCAAGACGAAGUGUUGACUUAAGAGAUGCCAAGGCCCAUGUUGAUGACUCGCGAUUACCAAGGGAUGUAACUCCAACUGCAUACCAUUUGGACCUUCAUCCAUUUCCUGAAGAGGGUUUCUUUAAGGGUCGUGUGCAGAUAAAUGUAACAUGUCAUGAGGCAACAAACAUCAUAAUAUUGCAUGCUCAUGAGAACUUGCGCAUAGCGCAUUCAGAGGUUACUGUCAAACAACUUGUAGGAAGGCCUGCUUCACAACCAAAGGAUCCUAAUGUUAAGGCAGAUUACCCUUUCAGUCACAGAGGAAAUGGGUCUUCAGUGUCAUCAGUGCUGCCUGUUACAAUUUCCAGCACAAAGAAGGAACCUUCAAAGCAGUGGUAUGUUAUAAGUCUAGCAGACAAGUUGAAGAAAGAUAUGGUCUAUCAGCUAGACCUCUCCUUCACAGGCACCCUGACCAGUGAUACCACCCAGGGAUUCUUUCGUGCCAGUUAUCAACUGCAUCGGACAAAAGAAGAGAGAUGGUUUGCAGCCACCAAAAUGGCUCCAAGCAAUGCACGACUGGUCUUCCCCUGCUUUGAUGAGCCAGAAUUAAAGGCUUCAUUUGAAAUCAGUGUUGCAAGGACUAGCCGGAUGACGGCCCUUUCCAACAUGCCAGUCAGAUCCAUUGACGAAAUGAGGAAUGAGACAGAGUGGAGCUGGGUACACUUCCAGGAGACACCCCUCAUGUCAACCUUUUCUGUGGCAGUUGUUCUGUUGGAUUUGGAGACCAUAUCAACUCAUGCCAAAGGUGGAGUGAGGGUGUCUGUAUUCGCACGCCCCAGUUUUCUCUCCCAAGUGCAAGACGUUCUGCGAAAGGCGUGUCUGAUGUUGGAAUUCAUGGAAAACUACUUGACAGUUCCAUUUCCUCUUCCAAAACUUGACUUGGUGGCCCUGCCCUAUUACUCUGAUCCUGAACCAGCUGAUCUCUGGGGACUUAUCAUCCUAAAGGAAAGUGAUUUUGUCAAUGAGGAAGGUUUGUCAUGGCGGUUGGCUGUUGAAGUGGCUCAGCAGUGGCUUGGUCACCUAGCAACCCCUGCUUGGUGGAAUGAUUCUAGGAUCAAGAAGGCACUAGCAAACUACGUGGCCAGUAUGGCAGCAGAGCAGGACAAGUUGAACUGGAAUCCAGUGACAGGCUACAGUCUGUAUUAUGAAUACAGCAAGCGCCAUCCAUAUGCUGGGCUUGGCUCUCAGGAGGAGUACAUCAAAGUCACAAGGCUUCAGUGGCUGCUGCGAAUGCUGAACUACACUCUUACAGAAGCCACAUUCAGAGAUGGACUGAGGACAUUUGUGCAAGGAAAGAAAUUUAAAACAUUUAAUGAAGAUGAAUUAUGGGAAGCACUGACCAGUCAAGCAAGAGAGGAUAUGACUCUGGAAGAGUCAAUCAGCGUACAAGAGAUUGUGAAGUCAUGGGUUACGAAAGAUCGCUUUCCAGUGGUCACUGUAGCCAGAGACUAUCAGGAUAACUCAGCCAGUGUGGAACAGCAUGUGUUCUUAAAAGACCGUCCUCAGGACAUGUGUGAACGAGAUUCUCUGCUGUGGUGCAUUCCAUUGAUAUACAUGACAGCAGACAACUUGGAUGUCAGUGCUCCUCGUGACCCAGUUGUGUGGAUGAAGGAAGAGAGGUACAUAAAUAUCAACAACCUGCCUGGACCUGACUUCUUUAUCAUUGUUAAUCCUGAUGAGAUAGGUAUGUUUAUGGUGAACUAUGACCAACAGAACUGGGCCCUGCUGUUGGACUACCUGCGUGGCCCUGGGCCCCAGAUCCCUCCUGCAACAAGAGCCAAACUGUUGCAUGAUGCCUGGAACUUAGCAUAUGGAGGAGAACUGGACAUGGCCACUGCUCUCAACAUGACAUUGUUCCUGGAACGAGAGACAGACCCCAUUGUCUGGGAAGUCAUGUUUACAAUGAUUGACCAUCUUGGAAGGCGUAUCAGUGGUACUGAUGCUGGCCUAAAAUUUGAAGAAUAUGCUCGCUUCCUACUGGCAAGACUCGUGGAAUCUCUGGGAGCUCCCCAGCCAGAUGAUUGCAGUGAGAAAACAGAGUUGCGAUCACGUGCUCGUGUCUGCUUGUGCCAGCUGGGCCACCAGCCAUGUGUGGUAGACGCCAGAGAUGCGUAUUCCAAAUGGAUGCAGGCUGAAGAUCCUGAUGCUGGAAACCUUGUUCCAGACCCAUACCUCUGCACAGUGUUCCAGUGGGGAACGAUGGAGGAAUGGGAGUUUGGUUUGAAAAGAGUGAUUAGGUUUCCAUCUGAUAGAAGACAGUCAGAGCGACACUACCUAUUGAAAACGCUGGCAGGGUGCCCAAGACAGGAGGAGAAAGUUGAAAGAAUUCUGAAUGUUACACUGUUGGAAGAUGGUAACAACUUCACAGACUCGGACAUACGGCUGGUUCUGAACAUGCUCACAGGCAGAUCUACUGGCUACACCACACUUUUCCACUUCCUUUCUCAGAAUUGGGAGCAACUUAGGGAAAGAUUGACAGGGAAGUCUGGUUUGUGGGAGUAUCUGGUGGUGCAUGCAGCAACUGAGAUGUCGAAAACCCUGGAGGGCUACAACAUGGUUUUGGAACUGUAUGUGAUACGUCACGGUGAAUUUGGAGCUGCUGAGCAGAUUGUGAAGAAUGCUGUCCGCACAGUCAGUGCAGAGGUGCAGUGGAAUGACGUCAAUUUGCCUGCUAUGGAAGCAUGGCUCGACAAUCAUCUCCCUUUUGCCAGUAGCAGCCCUGCUACUCCUUGAGCAUGCAAUUAACUGUGCAUGAGGUAUUGAUGUGGGCUGUACUCUGCCAGGUUAUGUAUUUGCAGUUCGAAGGAUCAGCUUGUCAGUUUAUCAUUUUAAAUAACGUAUUGCACCCACAUUAAAAAAAUAUUUAUUUUGGUCUAGCAUUUUUUCACUGAACCAUGCCAUAAAGUAACCUGGUACAGGAAACUAGACAUCCAUUACAAACGAUAAUGUGGUAUGUAUACUGUACUGAAACAGCAGCUCCAGACAUUUAUGCUGAUGUAAGCAAGUCAUGCUUGCAAUAAUACACUUUCUCUGUGCUAUGAGCAGCCUUGAUAAGCAGUGCUCUUUUGUUAUUUUAAUUGAACAUGCUUGAGUUUUCCAUUACUGUAGGAAGGAUAUUUUCAGAUUUCAAGCAUUUCUCCCCAGAUCAGUUUUAAAUUUUGUAAAUAUCUAGACUGCGGUCUUCUUGGAUGUUAUACUAUGUAGUCUUUCAGGGGAACCAAAUUUUUUCUGGUAUGUCAUCGAGGCUGACUGUGAAUAUAGAGGCAGUGUGUACAUCCAACAUGCUGGUAUCUAUCUACCAAACUAAAUGGCAUCACGGCCCUGAACACUUAGCACUGUGAAAAUCAGAAUCUUGUAAAUUUUAAUGUUAUAGGUUCUGUAUUAUUAAGCAUUUCACUUAUCCAUGAUACUUGAUUAGUGGCUUGUGUUUCUUUCUGUUGUUAUACUUCAUUUGGUUAUGUUAUGAAGCAAGACAUUAAAUGUGUGCACAUGAAGGCCAGCAAGUCAUGUAAUUUCAUAACCCCAUUUCUAAUGGUUUUUGACAAAGGUACAUAGGUAUAACAUUCUUACACUGCACAUUAUCCAUCAUCUGAAAUUCUGUACAACAGUGUUUCUGAAGAUGAUUCUGCUUCCAUGAUUAGGGAGUGACUGAGACUGACUCAUCCCAAUAGACCCAUCAAGUAAAAUCUUCCCUUUUGUCCUGACACAAGCAGAACAGCUCCAAAGAUAUUUUCAAUUGAAAAUGUAGAUCGCGGAUAAUGUCCAAGCUAAGAAGACCCUAUUUAAUAAUCUGCUCUUGACUGCCUUGCUGCCUUGUCAUCUCACCGAAUGUAUGGAUUAUAAAUGAAAUUGUCUGUAAAAUUGAGGUAAUUAAUGUAGUGCUCAGUUGCACAUUAGUUGAUAUCAUGAUAACUGUUUUGUUGUAGUUCCAUGUGUAACCCUUUAUCAUCAUGUAAUAAUAUGAAAUAUUAUAUA